CUCCCCUCCCUCCUCCUACAAGCAACAGCAGCAGCACACCGGCCUCCAAGAGGAGGAGCGGAGAGGAGGAAGGUGAGCGGUUGCCUCCGAAAGCAAGCCAUCACUGGCGGCUACCAAAUGCAGGCAUGCAUAUAGCGAACAGGACAAGAAGCAGCAGAGGAGGAGGAAGAAGGACAAGUAGGGGCAGAGAGCUCAAGGACGUCAAGAAACGGUCGCUCGCUGCCACCCACCAUGUCCUAUGAUCAGGUGCUCUUCGGUGCCGGGCGAUCGGCGUGGAGAGCGGCUCAGCACGGCGGCGGCGACGCGGUGACGAGGCAGAUACUCAAGUGCAUGCGGUGGCAGCUGGAGGAGACCACCGACUUCGUCACCUGCCCCUACCACUACUACUGCGACAGCUCCUACCCGGGCGACUACUCCGCGGCCGUCGGCGUCCUCGUCGCUGCCUUCGCCGCGUACUGCUUCCUCUCCACCCUCGCGUUCACCGUCCUCGACCUCGUCCGGGGGAGCAACAGCGCGCCGGCGCCGGCGCCGGGCGUCCGAGGCGUCAGGAGGAAGUACCUGGUCCCGUCGGGCCCGUUCCUGCUCCCGCUGGUGCUGCUUGCGCUCGCCAGGGGGCAGCGGGUGAACGCCGUGUUCCCGCUGGCGCAGCUCGGGCCGGCAUUGCUGCUGCUGCUGCAGGCGUCGGCGCUGGCGUUCCGGAACGAGGCCGACGGCGACGUCCGGUACGCGGUGCUGGAGGCGUCCACGGUGUCCGGCGUGCUGCACGCCAGCCUGUACCUGGACGCCGUCGUGCUGCCCUACUACACGGGGCUGGAGGCGCUCCGGUGGUCCCGCUUCUCCGGGGAGUGCGCGUCGUGCCUGUGCCGGAUGGAGCCGCUGCUCGUGGGCGGCUCGGCGGUGCGGUACCGCGGCCUCUCCAAGACGGCGCUGGCGGUCAUCUUCGCGCUCUGCUCGCGGAUGGUGUGCCGCAUCUACGGCGAGGAGCGCCUCAGCGCGUGGACGCGGUCCGCGCUGGAGGCCGCGGGCUGGGUGCUCGUGGCCGCCGACGCCGUGUACCUCGUCGGCUGGGUCGCCGCGGAGGGCGGCGGCGUCGGCGUCGCGGCCUACAGCCUGGUCGCCGGGCUCGUGUUCCUCAGCGUCUUCGGCAAGGCGUACCGGUUCCUGGCGUGGGUGGAGGCCAGGCAAUCGCAGUGGAAGUCCAGCCUCUGCCAUAGCGCCGUUUGAUCGACGACACUCGUCGUCACAGCUAAUUCUCGCAGGGAAAAAAAAUCUGUAAAAAGAAAGAAAGGAAUCGUCGCUUAUUAGUUCAUCUUCUUCUUGGUUCUUGCUGUACAAUCUACACGAUGGGGGGCAAAAAAGGUGCGAUUUUUUUUGUUCAUGUUACUUAGCUUAAUUUGGCUGAAGCCAUUCAGGUUUUUGUUGAUGAAACUUCAGAGCUUGUUCUUUUGGCGUUUUAAAUAUGGUUUUGAUGGCUCGUUCCCAAUCCCGCUGACCAGAGUGCACAUAUGAUCCAUUGUGAUUCUGAUCUGGUUAGGCUUUGAAUCAGACAACUGUACUGUAGUUACCGUGAGUUUCUUAAUUAUCAUGAUUAUAUGAAG